AUGGUGAUGAAAGCAGAGAUCAUGGAAUUUGAUAAGAUGACGGUUUCAUACAGGAGGCCCUUACCUGCCGAAUCAUCAUCAUCCACCCCUUUAGACAAAGGAAAGGCCCCACAACAAGCCCCAGUGAAUUCUAACAGGAGUAAAGUUGACAACAGUGGUCGGUUUGGGAACAGAAGUCAGACUCGGAGAGCACCUCAGAAUGUAAAUCUGUACGCUAAGCCCAUGGGAAAAAUUUUCUAUAGAUGUCAAAAGCCUGGGCAUCGUUCCAAUAACUGUCCCGAGAGGAAGCAAGUCAAUUUGGUGGAAUCGGAGGCAGUAGAUAAGGAGAAAGAUACUGAAGUGGAAGAUGAGUACACGGGAGUAGAGUUUGCUGUGGAGGAAGGAGUAGAAAAACUCAUUUUGGUAAAGAGAGGUCAUUCUAUUCAAGUUGUUGAAAUUUGCAAAGUACCUAUUUCCAUUGGUAAGCAUUAUAAGGAUGAAGUUAUGUGUGAUAUCAUAGACAUGGAAGCUUGCCAUAUCCUAUUAAGUCAUCCAUGGCAAUUUGAUGUGGAUUUAACUCUCAAAGGGCGUGAUAAUAUAGUACUCUUUUCAUGGGGCAGUCAUAAGAUCGCUAUGGUUUAUCUCAAACAGACGGAAAAGUCUACACAUCAACGAACUGAGAGUUUCCUUACACUUACAAAUGUUGAGAAGGAGAUUACGGAGUCUGAGAAUGAGAUUCUAAGGGAGCAAAUUGGGAAACUGUUGAAGAAAGGGUUAAUAAGAGAUAGUAUGAGUCCGUGUACAGUACCUGUCCUUCUAGUACCAAAGAAGGAUGGAAAGUGGUAUAUGUGUGUUGACAGUCGUGCCAUCAACAAGAUAACAGUAAAGUACAGGUUUCCCAUUUUACGGUUGGAGGAUAUGCUAGAUAUGCUUAGGGGUUCUAAGGUCUUCUCAAAAAUAGAUCUUCGUAGUGGUUAUCAUCAGAUCUGUGAAGAUGGUCUGCAUGUAGAUGAAGAGAAGACAAAAGCAAUUCGAGAUUGGCCAACGCCAAAGCCAAUUUCUGAAGUAAGGAGUUUUCAUGGGUUAGCAACUUUCUACAAACAAUUCAUCAAGCAAUUUAGCACUAUCAUGGCACCUCUCACAGAAUGUUUGAAGAAAGGAAAGUUCAGUUGGGGAGAGGAACAAGAUAAGAGCUUUGCCUUCAUCAAAGAAAAGUUGUGCACAGCUCUAGUAUUAGCCUUGCCAUGCUUCGUGAAGAUCUUUGAGAUGGAGUGUGAUGCUAGUGGUAUUGGUAUUGGGGCCAUCCUUUCUCAAGAGAAGAGAUUUGAUGCAUGCUCGGUGGGUGACUUUCUCCAAAAAUUUCCUUUUAUGAUUAAGCAUAAAUCUGGAAGUACCAACAGAGUUGCAGAUGCACUGAGUUGGAGAGCUUCCUUAUUGAUCACAUUAUCACAAGAAAUUAUUGGGUUUGAGUGCUUGAAAGAGCUAUAUGCAGAUGAUCCUGACUUUAAUGAGAUUUGGAAUAAGUGUGUGAAACAGGAAUCAAUGGUAGAUUUCCAUAUUAGUGAAGGGUAUCUAUUUAAAGGUAACCAGAUUUGUAUUCUUGUUUCAUCUCUACGUGAAAAAUUGAUUCGAGAUCUACAUGGUAGAGGUCUAAGUGGACACUUGGGGCGCGACAGCACAAUAGGCAGUUUGGAAGCUAGGUAUUAUUGGCCACAGUUGAAGCGGGAUGUUGGAAUUAUAAUCAGAAAGUAUUAUACUUGUCAGGUGUCAAAGGGUCACGUGCAGAAUACUGGGUUGUACAUGCCACUUCCUGUCCCUUAG